AUCGCGCGCAACAUCCUAGUGGUGUACCCCGGAGCACGCGCCGCCCCCCUCUCCGCUCCACAUGCUUGGCUGACAGGGGGCGCGCGCGUUCUCAAUCCAUCCUCGCUCCAUGUCCACGCGCCCCUGCCAUGCCGUGCAGUGUUAAUGAGGAGGAGGUGGAAGGCAAACUAAUAGAAGGAAGCCGCGGAGGUCCUGAGGAGACCGGGUUCCGAGAGGGAAGCAAGACGCGGAAUUAAAAAAAAAACAACAAACACCAAAACCGGAAAGGAAUGAGAAGACGUCACUGGUCCAAUGAACUGAGGUCUUUGAAUGGCUUGUUCAAAAGCUGAUUGUAUAAAAUGACAAAAAACCCACCAAAUAGGCGAGGAAUUACCUUUGAAGUUGGUGCGCAGCUGGAGGCUCGUGAUCGAUUAAAGAAAUGGUAUGCUGCUCAUAUUGAAGAAAUAGACUAUGAGGAAGGCAAAGUACUUAUCCACUUCAAAAGGUGGAACCACCGUUAUGAUGAAUGGUUUUGCUGGGAUAGUCCCUAUCUCCGCCCGCUAGAGAAGAUUCAGCUGAGACGAGAAGGCUUGGUGGAAGAGGAGCCGCAGGCCGUUUUUCGUGUGAAUGAACAGGUUUUAGCUUGUUGGUCUGACUGCCGAUUCUAUCCAGCAAAAAUAACCGCUGUCAACAAAGAUGGUACAUACACUGUGAAAUUUUUUGAUGGAGUAGUUCAGACGGUCAAAAACAUUCACGUGAAGGCUUUCUCUAAGGAUCAGUCAAAUUUGUCUCGUUCAAAGCCAAGAGAAAGAGGGACUGAAAACUCUUCACCUUCUGACAAGCACAGAGGAAAGUUUAGAGAACAGAAGAAGUCCACAGAGAAUACUACGAUAGACAAAGAGAAGCCACUAGCCGCUGAUCAGAAGCAGUCGGCCCAGUCUGAGAAGGAAAAGAAGCUGUUGGUAAGCGAGAAGAGCAAACCUACUGAAAAAAACAUUGCAAAGAAUGAGAAGGAGGACAAGGAAAAUAUAUCUGAAAAUGAAAGGGAGACCUCUGGGGAAACGCAGCCGGAUGACAGGAGCGCACAGAAUGACAUCUCCAGAGUUCCUCUUGAAAACGGAGAGAGGAGAAGAAAACGUGAUCGGUCCUCCUCUUUGCCAUCGUCAGAACCUGGAUCUCAAACGCUGCAGCCGGUCACGCUGGAACUGAGAAGACGGAAGAUCUCCGUAGGGUCAGAAGUUCAAAUUAAAAGAGCUCGUCUUGACAAAAGCACAACGAAAAGUGUUUCUGCCGAUGCAACAGAAAAAACUGAAAAUGGUGCGUCGGGUGAGGAGCUGAGGCCUGAGGCGGAGGACGUUUGUAAAGAUGACGACGACGAGAAGUCAUCCCAGCUCCUGGUGAAUGAGAAAUCUGAAAUGCUCGGUGUUGAUGAAACGGCUGAGGCACCUGCUGAAAAGGAAGAAUCCUUACCAAAAACGGAGCCAGCAUGUGAAGAGUUGCAGGAAGUCAAGACGGAAACCUUGCCAGCAGCUGACGCAGAGCAUCUUGAAACAAAGGAACCUUUUAAACAAGAGGACAUCGCACGCGAGGCCACAGCUGACAUUCCCACCUCCGUCACGGAGGACAAACCUAAGCAGGAGGAGCCAUCAGCGCAGAAUGAGACUCAGACUGCUGCUCCUGUAACAGCUCCUCUGAAGCGGAAUCCUCGAACUGACCACUCUGCUAAAUACAGCAGAGAACCCUUAACAAAUACUUUGAAGAAAACCGAUAAUCCAGCUCCCAAAGCUGUGACCCUGGAACUGGACCCCAACAGGUUUAAGUGCAAGUUUUUGGAUUGCUCCAAAUCUUUUCGCAAAGCGAAAUUGCUCCAUUACCACAUGAAGUAUUUUCAUGGCGUUGAGAAGGCAGAGCAGGAUCAGUGCCCCGUGACCAGACAAAUGCAAACAAGAGGCUCUUUAGCUCACGAAAAAGCCAACCAAGAAAUCACAAAGAGGAGACGGACCACAUCUGGUUCCCUACAUCACUCACUGCAGUUGUCACUAAGAAGUCCGCCUCACGAUGGAAAGGCUGAGAAGAGACGCCAUUCAACGUCGUCUUUAAACAAUACCAACUCCCACCGCCUGUCUCUGAGAGAGAAGAGCAAGGAGAAUCUGAUCCAGAAAACUCACCGCAAGCUAGAGAGACUUUCAGAUGGCGUUAAAGACAAGGAGAAGACCAAAGAAAAAUGUAAAGAUUUCUUGAAUCUAAAAUCCAAGAAGAAGAAAAAAAAGAAAAAGAGAACAAAGUCUGAACUCUCUGGAAGUGAAGAAAACAUUGAUAUCUCUAAAGAGCUGUCUCCCAAGAAAACAUCUCUUACAAAGCUGAAUAAUGAUUACAGAAGCCAUUGUCCUUUAAAGAACCCACCACCGAGGAGCUGUGAUCAUGGAUGUCGUAAGGACGCAGCCAGAUUAAGUGAUGAAGAUACAUUAAGUGAUUCUUGUACCGAAAGCUUGAUUUGGAGCGACGAAGAUAAUGAAGAGAUCGACGUUACAAACGCCGAUGAAGACAUGGAUGAAGAGGAAGGUGAUUGUGAAAUUGUGCGCUGUAUGUGUGAAGUGCAGGAGGAGAACGACUUCAUGAUCCAGUGUGAAGACUGUCUCUGCUGGCAGCACGGUGUCUGCAUGGGUUUGCUAGAAGAUAAUGUUCCAGAGAAAUAUACCUGUUAUAUCUGCCAAGAUCCACCAGGUCAGAGGCUGAGUUUAAAGUAUUGGUACGACAAGGACUGGUUGAACGAGGGCCACAUGCACGGCUUGUCCUUUCUAGAAGAAAACUACUCUCAUCAGAACGCCAAGAAAAUAGUGGCCACUCAUCAGCUUCUCGGAGAUGUGCAGCGCGUCAUAGAGGUUCUGCACGGACUGCAGCUGAAGAUGAGCAUAUUGCAAAGCAAAGAACAUCCGGAUCUCAAGUACUGGGGGCAGCCGUGGAAACCGCAUCUACUCAAUGACAAAUGCUACAUCAAACGCAGCCCUGAGCAAAACUCUUUCAAGGAAGAUUCCACCAAUUACAGGACUUACAAUGGGGCAGCGGAUAAGCCAUCACCCAUUCCUUCUGUGGAGGAAUCGUAUAUCACCAGCGAACACUGUUACCAAAAACCUCGGACCUAUUACCCUGCGGUAGAGCAGAGACUAGUUGUGGAAACGAGGAAUUCGGCAUUGGACGCUGGGGUGGACCGAAUCCGGCAGAGCCGGGAAGACUCAAUAGCUGACAGACUUGGGUGGGAGUUGGACAGAGAGCUGAUAAAGGCUGAGAGCGAAUCCAAGCAUAAUUACUGUAAGGUCAGAGAGAGCCUUGCGAAACGGAAUCUGCCGCCACAAUCUCCACAGCCGCUGGACAACGGUAACGCAGCAGUCACUUCGCAGCUACAGUGGCAGCUUAACCUCCUGGCCCAUCUGGAGUCUCUGCAAGACGAAGUCACUCACAGGAUGGAUUUCAUUGAGAAGGAGCUCGACGUUUUAGAGAGCUUCUUAGACUACACAGGAGAAUUAGAACCUCCAGAACCACUCGCACGGCUUCCUCAGCUAAAGCACCGGAUCAAGCAGCUUCUCACGGACCUCGGCAAAGUGGAGCAGAUAGCGGUUUGCUGCUCGACAUGAGAACGCCCAGCGCGUUACGGAAGCGUUUCCACGAGGCUGUAGCAGAGGUUCCAGGCACUUACGGAGCGUUGGGGGAAUGGCACGCAGAUUGCAUGCGCUGCAGCGGAACCUGCUGGGCUGAUGGACAGCAUCACCUGCUCCCACUACGGCUGCGGAUCAUAAUGUUUAAUAAUGGAUGACAUUUUACAUGAAUGUAGAACCGAGGCUUGUACUUUCUGUUUUGCUUUUGUUCUUGUUUUGGGUUGUCCUCAUAAUGUUAGUUGCUAAUUUUGAUUGCAGCUUUUUAACCCUUUUUAUACCAGAGGGGUUUCUGCGCUUCAAGAAACGUGUUAGCCUACGGAGUUAAAGAUUGGCCAGGAAUUUUUUUCUUUCAUAAAAAAAAUAUUUCCUUUCCAAACUGACUUGAAAUACUGCCACCCCCCCAAAAAAAGCAUCCUUCGAAGCCACGCGCCCGCCGUGGGAAUAGCUGCAAACUCUGUUCUUCGUUAUGUUUGCGGCUCGUUGUUUUUUUGCAUACGUAUAGAACAGUAUUUAAACAAGAUGUAGUCAUGACCUUUUUGCUAAGCGCAGUGAUGUUCUACUUCUCAUUGUAUUCUGUUGCUGCGGUGUUAGUAGAUAUUCCGGUUUAAAUAGUUUGCUUGUUGUAAUUGCGGUAAUGGUACACAUACACUGUAUCUUACUAGGGCAUGAUUUCAAACUAAGAAUGAUCUAGACGCUUUUCAUACGAAUAAUUUCUAAUGAAUUCUGGCCACGCCGUGCCUACAGAAUGAGAAACUAAACGAUGUAUCGUUGCUGAAUGCGAUUGAUUAGUAAUGGCUUUCCAAACAGUUUGGGCUAUCUUUGCCCCAUAUCUGUAAACAGGAAUAGCUCUUUACGUCUCUGUUUAAUCGUUUGUAUGACAGGUACUAACCUCGUCCAUCUUCCCGUAACCUUCAGAGAAAGCAUCUGAAGAGCUUUAUUCAUUACCAUUCCAGGACAUGAGUUGGGUUCCUAUACCAAAUCAUUGACUUUUUUUUCUUUUAAGUUUCUCCCUGUUCUUUAAAACCACACUCUUGUAUGUCAAACAUACAUCAUGGUUUAAUGCCUAAAGUUAAAUAUAUAUUUAUAUUUUUAAUCGC